AUGUCAAGUAACGACAACCUCUCUGCUCUUUCCAAGUUAAUCCCGACUUUAACAGGGACAGAGACCUUUGUUCAUUGGCGCCAAGGUGUACGUAAGUACCUCUUCAACAAAGGUGCUCAAGGUCAUGUCAGCGGCCAUGAGCCUGAGCCUUUCAGACAACUUGUAAAUCCGGCAGUGCCAACAGAUCAUUCCGUUGUCUCUCCCCCCAAUACCAUUGCAGGAGAGGCUCCCCCAGAUGCCACAAACUUGACAACAGCCGUAGCUUUGACAGCUACUCAGCAUACCACCUGGCUAGAUUGGGCCAACAAAGAGUGUAAAGCUCGUUUGACACUUGUUUUCUCAAUCUCUCCGGGACUAGCCGCCCACGUUGAGGACCUCUGGUCAGCCCAAGAACUCUGGGCGUGUAUUACUGUGCAGCAUCAAGUUAAAACAACUGCAAGGUGUAAUGAUCUCAACCAACGUAUUUCCCUCCUCCGUCUAGUUGAAAAUACAAACUUUGACACCAUUGUCACGGCCGUCGAGCAACUUCUUCCUAAUAGACCGACGGUCGACGAACCUCGGCUAACUUCACGCUUCUGA